AUGCGGCGAAACCGGCCUAAAAGAACGGCCUCGGGAAGCCUAACUAACGGCCACCGGCCAGACCGCGGCCGCCGGACAGCAGGGGGGAGGGGAGGUGGUCCCAGGGGGCGGGGCAGAGGGAAAAGCGCCGUCCCCACAGCGGUCCUCGCUUCCGCCCGGCCCAGCCUAGGCCAGCGUGCCCGGUCCGACACAGCCUCCGGGCCCAGGCUCCCUCCAUCCUCACCCCUCCCCCAGCUUCCCGCCGCCACUCACCGAACCGGAACCGGCUGCUUUGCAAAGGGGUUUCCGGCCGGCCACGGAACGCAAAACCCGGGAACCGCCGCGAACCGGAACCGCCUUCACAACACCGGAAGAGCGCUGGGUGGCUGCCGAGGAGGGGGUGGGGCAGGAGGUCAAAGAGCAGAGCUAAGGACCCGUGGAACGCCUGCGCGGUGUGGCGAGACUGGAGACACCGAAGGAGCGUUUAAGGCUGAAAUAACCAUGCGUAAAGAAGAAUUUCAUCUGAAAUUUUUCAUGUGUGUGAUUCAAUCUCGUCGGUUAGUCAGGACUUCUGAGGGAACAGCUGGUGAAGCUUCAACCUCCAGCAUGCUCAUACCAAAGCCACCAGCAAAGACAGAUAGCUUGAAGAAUCUAGGCACUGUGGAAGAUCCAGACACCGUGGGAGGCGUACCUAUUUUCAAAACUGGUCCAGCUCCCCUAAAUUCUGAAUUCUAACUACAAGACUUAACAACUGAAGAAAGAUGAAUACCUUUUGGACAAAUAUAGUUUCGACAAAGUCCUAACUUUCUAGCAAUAUCAUGUUCAAUUUCUAUCCUUCAGUC